AUGCCAUUUCAGUUUGAAAAGUUGCAACCGCAUAUUUGUUUUUUCUGCAAAAUGAAAACAUAUAGAUGCGACUAUCAAGGAUGCAGUCUCGAGUACUCUACAAAGUAUAACCUUAAGCGACACACAGCAAAUUAUCACCAAGGGCUGAGACACUCCUGCUCAAUUUGCGGAAAACAGCUAUCAUCAGCUCAAAGUCUACAAGAUCACGAAUACUGUCAUACAGGCGAGAAGCCUUACCACUGCAGAUAUCCAGGGUGCUCUAAGCGGUAUCGGCAGGCCAGUCAACUUUCCGUACAUAAAAGAAAACAUAAAAUCCGAGUCACUAGGAAACCAUGAGUUUUCCCAGAUUUAGUUGUAAUAUUUAUUCAGAUAAAGCUUUCUCUCUUGGAAGAUUCAUCAAAGCUUCAUCAAAUUCCUAAUGGGCCGUUUACAAUAGCAGAUGCCAUACUCCCACCUUUACUAAAAUCUGCAAUUUAA